CCACUCUGCGCCUCUGGUCCUGAAAGGGCUGCCUCAGAACACACAAGACGACAAGUAUGCCUUCUCUCCUUGCUGCUCAUUGGCCUCUGGGGCUGUGCGACCUGUCAUGGGAGCCCUGUGGAGGACAUCUGCAUAGCCAAGCCGCGGGACUUUCCCAUGAAUCCCAUGUGCAUUUACCGCUCCCCAGAGAAGAAGGCAACUGAAGUCGAGGGCUCAGAGCAGAAGAUCCCUGAGGCCACCAACCCACGGGUCUGGGAACUGUCCAAGGCCAAUUCUCGUUUUGCCACCACGUUCUAUCAGCAUCUGGCAGACUCCAAAAAUUACACUGAAAACAUUUUCCUGUCGCCCCUGAGUAUCUCCACGGCUUUUGCUAUGACCAAGCUGGGUGCCUGUAACGACACCCUCAAGCAGCUGAUGGAGGUCUUUAAGUUUGAUACCAUCUCUGAGAAAACAUCUGAUCAGAUCCACUUCUUCUUUGCCAAACUGAACUGCCGACUCUUUCGAAAAGCUAACAAAUCUUCCACGUUGGUAUCAGCCAACCGCCUUUUUGGAGAAAAAUCCCUCACCUUCAAUGAGACCUACCAGGAUAUCAGUGAGGUGGUGUAUGGAGCCAAGCUGCAGCCCCUGAACUUCAAGGGAAAUGCAGAGCAGUCCAGACUGACCAUCAACACAUGGGUGUCCAAUAAGACUGAAGGCCGCAUCACUGACGUCGUUCCCCACGGAGCCAUCAAUGAUUUGACUGUUCUGGUGCUGGUGAACACCAUUUACUUCAAGGGCCUGUGGAAGUCAAAGUUCAGCCCCGAGAACACAAGGAAAGAGCCGUUCUUCAAGACUGAUGGGGAGUCGUGCUUGGUCUCUAUGAUGUUCCAGGAAGGCAAGUUCCGCUACCGGAGGGUGGCAGAAGGCACCCAGGUGCUCGAGUUGCCCUUCAAGGGUGACGACAUCACCAUGGUGCUCGUUCUGCCCAAGCCUGAGAAGAGCCUAGCCAAGGUGGAGCAGGAGCUCACCUCAGAGCUGCUGCAGGAGUGGCUGGAUGAGCUGGAGGAGACGGUGCUGGUGGUCCACAUGCCCCGCUUCCGCGUUGAGGACGGCUUCAGUUUGAAGGAACAGCUGCAAGAGAUGGGCCUUACUGAUCUGUUCAGCCGUGAAAAGUCUAAACUCCCAGGUAUUGUUGCAGGAGGCCACGAUGACCUCUAUGUCUCUAGUGCAUUCCAUAAGGCUUUUCUUGAGGUAAAUGAGGAAGGCAGUGAAGCAGCAGCAAGUACUGCCAUCGUGAUUGCUGGCCGUUCACUGAACCCCAACAGGGUGACCUUCAAGGCCAACAGACCCUUCCUGAUUUUUAUAAGGGAAGUUGCUCUAAACACCAUUAUCUUCAUGGGCAGAGUAGCCAACCCUUGUGUUAAUUAA